CCAAGUAGUAGAGCAAUGGGAGAUCUUCAACAGAGAGUUCAUCCGGUUCUUCAAAUGGAAGCCAACAACAAGAAAAUAUCACCAGCUGGGGGAAAGACAGAACAUCUUCCAACACAACGGCCAUUUCCGCCUCCUGCUACGGUCGAAAACAAGAAAGCAUCACCAGCUCGCGAAAAGACACAACAGCUGCUUCCAGUACAACGACCACUUCCACCUCCUCCUUUGAUGGUGCGUAAUAGGAAGCGAAAUCUUUGCUGCAGAAUCUUCUGUUGGGGUUUAAGCCUUCUAGUCAUUGGCUUGAUCGCAUUAGCGGUUGCAAUUACGGUUAUAUAUUUUGUUUUCCAUCCUAAAAUCCCACAAUACGAGGUCAACAGUUUACGAGUUAGCAACCUUGGUAUCAACCUAGACCUCUCUCUUUCCGCCUUGUUCAAAGUCGAGAUCACAGCUCGUAAUCCCAACGAAAAAAUUGGGAUUUAUUACGAGAAAGGAGGCCGUCUCCAAGUGUGGUAUACCAAGACAAAGCUCUGUGAAGGUCCUAUACCCAAGUUUUACCAAGGACAUAGAAAUGUAACUAGACUGAAUGUGGAUCUAGCGGGAAGAGCACAGUUCGGGAACACUGUUCUGUCGGCAUUGCAGCAGCAGCAACAGACAGGACGUGUCCCGUUAGAUCUCAAAGUGGAUGCACCUGUUUCCGUCAAACUGGGGAAAUUGAAGCUGAGGAAGGUCCGAAUAUUGGGGAACUGCAAGCUUGUUGUUGAUAGUUUAUCAACAAACAAUAGAAUUAAUAUAAAAGCCAGUGAUUGCAAGUUUAGGCUUAAACUUUAAGGUGUUCCUUUCUUGGGUGUAUGUGUAUCCAUCAUUUUCUAAUGCAUUGAUUAAGUUUUCUGAAUUUCUUGUUUUAAGACUAUAAAAACAUCUCCAUCUAUGGAAACUUUCUCAAACAAAAUAAUGAUAUUUAUAAUUGGAAUAUAUGACCGAAAAAUAGAUAGUCAUGCAACAGUGAUAUUUGGGUGACAACAGAUAGAGAAAGACAAAAUUAUAUUUUUUUUUUGUAAGAAUAGUUACUUUUACAAUUCCUUGUAAAAGUGCUAUCUUUGUUCGAGUUUUUAUAUACAUAAACCUAUACAAAUAUUUUUUAAACCUAUAAAAUAUUAAAGAUGUGACGCAACAAAAAAAAUUGGAUAAUUUUGAAUAGUUUAAAUAUAUUUUGGAGAAUUUAGACAUCUUUUAAGAAGUUCUAAAAUAUUUUACAUGAAAGUCUUUUAAGUUUUAAUCGCAGAAACGGAUAAUUUGGAUAUUAAUAUUACCGUUACCUCUUAACUAAGAAAAGAUCCAAUAACAUGGGAUACAACAUAAAACAAAAAGAUUGAGACAGAGAUACCAUGAUUGUUUUGAUUAGACAUAAUAAACCCAAUUACAAUGUAGUAGUAUUUUCUUUGUUCAGUCAAAGAACAUUAAUAUCGAAUUCAAAUUAUAAAAACAAACUGGAACUAUGAGCUAAUCUUCAAUGCACCACGUCAGCGUUUUGUGGGUUCCACUUUUAAAAAGUGUGAAAAAAUGUCAAGUCUAUGGUUCGAACCCGGGUUAUUGAGAUAUAAACAUCAACAUUUAUACCACUAAGCUAAAUGAUACUUUGUACAUUGAUGGUCGAACCUAAUAUAUAUUUAUAAAGUUCGGAAGCUCUUGCUUCUACGGCUUC